CUAGAGUGAACCCUGUUUCAUAAUAUCGAUACUGUGUCGAUUUAUUUGCUUCGAGCCGUAACAUCACUAUUUGAGGUAAAACCGGAGUUAAAGAGUAGUUGGCGUAUACUGCAGAACCACGUAAAUGAAACAAGAGGCUAACAGCAGCGUUGUCUCGCUCCGUCUUUGGUACUACCGCUCACAUUUUGAAGUUAACGAGGUGCUAUAGCAGGAGUGCUAACGCUGUUAGCUACCUCGAAAUGUCAGCCGGUGGCGCUUUGAAGCAUGCAGGUCUUUUUCCACCGGCGCAGUUCUGCAAAUGACCUGACUGAAGCGAGUGGAGUUUUGUUGCUUCAUUAGCCUUCUGCGGAGCAAUGCGUGAUACAUUUUUGCGGAAUAGCGUUUUAGCCUUUACAGUGUGGUACAGCUGUACCGAACCGAGCAGCGUCAAGCUACAGAGCUUCACAUAAUGAGUGAUCAGGAUGUGAAAGUGAAGCUUCAGCUCGAUCAGGUGAGCACAUCGGGCGAGGAUGCACAGGAGGAGAGUGUGGAUGCUGAGGAGCAGGUGUCAGUGUCUUCUCCACCUGCUUCUGACUCCAAUGACCCUCCCAGCAUCACCACAGCUAGGUUGGUUGGACCCAAGAAGACCCCCAUCAGCUGGAAACACAAAAGCCGGAGCAGCCCGGGUAAAGAUUACAAGAACUCUCCUGUGCCUGGUCCAGCAGUCCGGACACUUCAGUUCAAAGAUAAUGCAAAGAUACUACAAGGCAAGUUGGAGACUAACGGCAACUACCAUCCAUCCAAAUGUAACCAAGACAAGCACCAUGAGGAUGCAUUCAAGCAGACCAAGAAGAAACGGCUGGUGACAGUCGAUACAUCGAAAGCAAAAACCUCUCUGGAAGCGUUGAAGAUCAGCAUCAAGCAGCUGAAAUGGAAAGAGUUUCCUUUGGGAAGACGGACACCCUGUGAUAUCUACUGGCAUGGCGUGUCCUUCCACGACAAUGAAAAUAUAAUCUCAGGGCAGGUGAACAAGUUCCCAGGUAUGAUGGAAAUGCUGAGGAAGAUCAACCUGAGCCGGGCAGUGAGAACUAUGCAGGAGCUGUUCCCAGAGGAGUAUGACUUCUAUCCCCGUUCCUGGAUCCUACCUGAAGAGUACCAGCAGUUUUCUGCACAGAUUCGCAUGGCAAAGGACGGUGAUACUGAGGUGAAUCCCACCUUCAUUGUUAAGCCAGAUGGAGGCUCUCAGGGGGAUGGCAUCUACCUCAUCCGUGACCCCAGUGACCUAAAGCUAAUGACUGGUUCACAGGUCAAACAGGUUUUAGUCCAGGAGUACGUCCAGAAGCCAUUACUCAUUGACAAGCUCAAGUUUGACAUCCGCCUAUAUGUGCUGAUAAAGUCUUUGGAACCCUUGGAGAUCUACAUUGCCAAAGAAGGCCUGACACGCUUCUGCACUGAGCCCUACCAGGAGCCAAGCCAGAAGAAUCUGAGCCAUGUCUUCAUGCACCUGACAAACUACUCGCUAAAUGUCCACAGUGGCAACUUUGUCCAUUCAGAGAGCCAGAGCACAGGCAGCAAGCGCACGCUUUCCAGUGUGUUGUACAGGCUAGCUGCUAAACGCGUGGACAUCAAGAGGGUGUGGUCAGACAUCAUCUCUCUUGUGAUCAAAACAGUCAUUGCUGUAGUGCCGGAACUUAAGGUGUACUAUCAGGCUGAUAUACCACCUGGCAAACCAGGACCCACAUGCUUCCAGAUUUUAGGUUUUGACAUUCUGUUGAUGAAGAACCUAAAGCCGGUAUUAUUAGAGGUUAACUCAAACCCAAGUAUGAGAAUAGAACAUGAACAGGAGGUGGCACCAGGAGUGUUUGAAUAUGUCCCCAGUCCAGUGGAUGAAGAGGUCAAAGUGUGUGUGAUCAGGGACACUCUGCGCCUUAUGGAUCCUGGGCAUAAGAAACGGAUAGCCUCCCAACUGAUGUCCAAGCUUGAUCAGAAGGAGGAAGUCCCCAUGGAGGCAGAGUCCCAAGAGAGAAGCCCAGAUGAAGGAGCUCUGCCCUCACUGUGUCUGAAACAGGUCUACCCCAAAUAUACCAAGCAGUUCAGCUACCUGCGGCUCGUGGAACGAAUCGCGACACUUUUCAUACGCUUCCUUGGGGUCAAAGGCAACAUGCGUCUGGGCCCCACUGCCUUCCGAACCUUCAUCAGGACUUGUAAAUUGAGCAGCAGUAAUUUCACCAUGGCAUCAGUGGAUAUCCUCUAUAUAGACAUCACACGCCGUUGGUCAGGAGUGAUCUCCAACUCCAGAGAAGCUGGUGUGGGACUGCAGGCAUUUGUAGAAGCCUUUUUCUAUCUGGCAGGUCAACGCUUCAAGUCUCUGGUGCUGAGGGAGCAAGUUGUGUCCCUGCUGGAGUUGUGUGAGGCUCAGUUAGAGUCCCAGGUGAGCCUGGGAGGCCUGGGAGCUGGGGACAGACGCUCUGUCAGCUGCAGCAGGGCUCUGCAAAGAGGCACGAAAACUCCUGGGGUCACCAGCCUUCAUCUCAGCUCCCCUACCCCUCUGAGACGGGCGGCGAGCCAGGAGUACCGGCACCACCACAGACUCAAGCCUCACACGCUCAGGGCCAACUUGGAAAACUAAACUGAUGGGGCUCUCAACUCCUCAUUCAACACCCUAGCAAGACCUUUGACUUUUUCCACAGGAACAGGGAAAUUCUGAGUUAAUCUCAAAAAGGUUGUCUGAUGAUCAAAGUGGAGAAAAGGACUUGCUUGACCCUUUCGGAUUGACUAGAGGAGGACUGUUCACAGCCUGAUUACUUUUUCCUUCUCCAGACCACUGCACACAGGGUGAUGUGUUCCUUUCUCCUGCCCGUGAUGUGAUGUAUUAAGAGUGUGGCCCAGUUCGAAAAAAGAGAUUUGGUUUAUUUUAACGCACUUACUGAUUUGCCAGGACAGCAACUUGCGUUCACCCACAGCAACCUUCUGUGGGAGACUUUUAAGGACCAAUUCAAUACAAAUUGGAAAAAUAAGACUCAGUGGGGAUUUUUUUCCUUUCUUUCAACACAUGCAUUUAUUGUGACAUAUGAAUGUGGUUGUUUCACAGUUGACUGCAUUUUGUAAAUGUGACGUUCUAAAACCAGUAUUACUAGCUCCCCGUAGCAAACGUGCAGUAAUUCCAAGUGGUUCCUUCACUGUGUCGAUGCAAAAUCAUUGAUGCGAUUUUCAAAUCAGAAAGUUUACAGGUUAAUAAUUAGCCCCACUGGCCACCAAAUCCUUAAAUUUGGUGGCCAGAGAACAUUUUUGGUAGCCCAAAUGCAAAGUUACUUAAAAGCAAUUCAGAAAAGGCUUUUUUUUUUUUUUUUAACAGAAGAGCUUUCUUUGCUCAUCUGUGAUAUGUUAGUUAAUGAAAAAUCAUUAACAGAAGGAAAAUUUAUGAUUAUUCAAAGUUAGAUUAAUUCAUAUUAUUGGGUGACACAACUGCAAAGCACGCUGCCGUGCGAUAUCAGUGUUGUCCACUUUUCCCAUAAUCUGUGAGGUGGUGCUUCCUGAAGACACUGUUUCAUAUGAAGAAGUCAAAUUUCUCAGUUUGUGAAGGAAUCUGCCGGCACACUGCAGAACUUCUCAUCUUCAGACGUGUCAAAUUCCAGUUCUUUAAAGGGCUGCCGGGCGGCUUCCAUUCACUCUUAAAUUUUUAUUUUCUUUUUGUUUGCUUUUUCCCCCCUCAGACUAUUUUUCUGUUUUGGGUUCAAAUUGUUUAAUCACGUUAGCAGUUUGGGUUGUCAUGGUAAACGCAUGUUUGACUUGCAGCAAAACAUCCUGGUGCCAAGUGCUAGGAUUGCAGUAGGAAGGACAAAUCUCAUAGCUUAUACUGGCUCACGGGUAUUAGUCAUGGAUUGGGUCAUUUUUUGAAUCAGAACAAAGGCAACGGAAUAUAACUGUUGUCUGAGUGGCACACCGCUCUGCAAAAGUCAGAAUAAGUCGUUUAUUUCCAGAGCUCUGGGGACUCUCAGCCACCUCGGCCAUGUGCCACCUUGAGCCCAACUCAAAGCCAACCACAACUGCUUUCUCACCUGUCCAUCUGAACAUAUAUCUGCUUUGAUUUCUCUACAACUCUCCUUCAAGAUUUACUGAAUUAUUAAGAACACUUCAUUCUGACAAUAAAUCUGUAAACUUCUGCACUUUGUACGCAUGCUGAGUGCGUUCUGUGUGGCUUGAUAUAAAAGUAACAAGUAUACGCAUGCAACAGUUUGCUAAUGGUAACGUUGCUGUGCUGGUCUCUGUUUUUGUACCAUUUUAAACUAAUGUAUGUGAGCUGAGUGUUUGUAGGAAUUGGGACGCUUGUAAAACUAUUGAGCAGAGAGAGCAACUAAUCGACUAAAAAUCAACUAAAAAAAAUUUCUAGACUAUUAAAUUAGACGUCUGAAAUCUUAUGGAUGCUGUACUGGGAUGAGGAAGGACCUGAGCUGGAAGGUGGGACUCCCAGAUUUACGCUUUUUUUCCUCAUGUGGUCAUGAGCUUUGGGUAAUGACUGAAACAAUAAGAUCGCAGAUAUAAGCGGCAAAAAUUCCUCCAUCGGGCAUCUGGGCUUACACUACUGGGCAGUGUGAGAAGCUCAACUAUCAGGGAGGGACUCUGAGUAGAGCCGCUGAUUCUUCGCAUCAAAACGAGCUAGUUGAGGUGGUUUGGGGAUCUGGUGAGGAUCCUCCCCUGGUGGACUCCCUAGGGAGGUCUUCCAGGCAUGUCCAACCGCGAGGAGGACGGUGACCACAGGAGGCCAUCUACAUGGGAUGUUUAGUAACGUUUGGCCAUGGGCCACCAGGUCUUGGUUAAUGUCGGACCCUUCAAGUCAAGAAUUGGAUAUUGGAGAGAGAGAGAAAAUGUAUCAUUUGUAAAAUAAUGUGUCCAUGUUGGUUUGUAAAACCGUAAUACCAUCAUGAAAUAAAAGGUAAACAGGACAAUUCAAUCAAUUCAGGUUAUUUAUACAGCGUCAAAUCUCCCGUAAGUCAUGUCUCCCCAAGAUGCUAUAUACAAGCAAGUAUUAAACCUUGCCCAUCUCAUGUGCAAGCACAUUGGCAUCAGCUUCAUGUUGCAUAAUCCAGAGGUAAUCACCAGUGGGCCUCAGAACCAAUACAGGGCUUCUACAACAAUUAUUAUUAUUAUUAUUUUUUAUUUUAUUUUGGCUUUUAACUAGGAACUUGUGGAGAUCCAAAAUUGUAAAUGUAUUUUUUCCAUAUUAUGUAGAAUUUUGAUGUUUGUUUUUUUUUUUCCUGCUCUUAAAAACAAAAAGGCACAGAUUCCUCAAGUGGGCCCUUAAUCACAACCAAAGGUUCCACAGUUAACCCCAGAUUCUGCUAAUUAGCUAUUCAGAAGCAAGUAAUGAUAUCAAUUUUUGCAAUCUGUUAUUUUUAAAUAACUUUAUAUGGGGGUAAAGAGUAGAUAUUCUUCCUGACUUGACACACAUUGUUAAAAAAAUGAAAUAAGUGCAGUUGGGGAACAUUGACUUUGAAUGUUUUCAGCCAAGGUGUAUUUAAACUUCUGUCUACAACCGUGUGUGCAUUAUAAUCUUGAAUUUGCACAAUAACACUUUGAACUGUUUUGCACAUAAAUGAACUUGAAGCUGGCUGAGCAGCUCGUGCAUAUGUGCAUGUCGUGGGUGUGUGUGUGUUUGUGUAUUUAUUUGCAUUUCAUUCUGUGGCUCAGCUGUGCGUCCAGACUCGACGAGCACAUUAGUGUUGAGUUAAGUGAAUAAGUAUUCAAAGGGAAAAUACCGCGGUGCUGCUUAAUCCUCUUUCAGGUUUGCAGCUAUUCCACUCAGGCGGUCUUUAGACCUUCAGUAAUGGUGUGAUCAGAAGAGAUUUUUGAGCCAAACAGCUGCUGUGAGGAACUCGAUUCGGCAGAUCAGAUGAUAGCUUCUUAAAAAUAGAACGCCAUCGUUUGAUUGGCAUGCAGAACCAGAAAAGCAUCGGAUUGUAGCUGCUGUUCAGUUGAUUCAACUUAAAAUGAUGUUACGGGUGGACUGUCCAACUGUUGGUUUAGUUUUGGUGGCACACUUGCAUACUUAUUUAACAGUAAAGCCUGCAUUGUCUGCAAACUCCUACAACAUGUAAAUGUUCUUCAUAUGUAAAUUCAUCGCUUUAUUUACAGGCCAAGUUGAAGGGUCGAGCAGAUCUGCUUUUGGGACUCAACCGUUACUAGUAAAAGGCAAAAAGAAAAAUGUACUGAUCACGCUGCAAAAUAAAUAAAGUUCACUUUCCUCUUUGAA